ACCUGCUAUUGUACAGAUGUGCAGGCUACCAAACUAAACACUUAACUUGAGGCCCUGGUAGUAAAGCCAUCUUGAUCUCUGUUUCAACGCGAUGGACCUUGUACAGAGUCGGUGUAGAAGGGCGAUCCAGCGUAUGUGGAAACAACACGAGCUCCUUUCUUGAACAGCAUCACCUCCACGACCCCGACCCCGCCUUAUACGACCGUCUCUCAUUUCCUAUCACGCGCUUCUGGAGUUGUGCACCUGGGUCUACUUCUUCCUUUUCUUCCGAUACCCGAUUCUUGCGCGCUUUCUCACCCCGGUGAGCUUGGAACUGGACUGUCGCAAACAUGGCUCAGCGACAGGUGCCAUUGCACGUCACGCAGCCGACGCUGCUCACGAACCUCAACAUUCUCCCAGCAUCGAUAUCAUGGCAGAACUGCACACUCGAGUCCGACAAGUACGUUUGCGUGCGACAGGUCAACACCGAAGCCAACGCGCCCGCCGAGACCGUCAUCAUCGACCUCAAGAACACCAACAAUGUCAUCCGGAGACCAAUUCGCGCCGACAGCGCUAUUAUGCACUUGACUGAGCCUAUCAUUGCUCUCAAGGCGCAAGGCCGGACAUUGCAGCUAUUCAACCUUGAGACCAAGGAACGCCUGCAGACCUACAGCCAUCAGGAGGACAUUCAGUUCUGGAGGUGGAUCAGCCAGACUACCCUUGCGCUCGUCAGCACAAAGGCUGUAUAUCACUGGGAUGUACUGGACUCGAAGAACGCUGUUGCGCCGCGCAAGAUCUUUGAUCGCCAAGAACAACUCGAGAACAAUCAGAUCAUCAACUACGUUACCAACGAUGACGAGAGCUGGUCCUGCUUGGUUGGUAUCACAUCGAACCCCGCUGGUGGCAUUCGUGGAAACAUGCAGCUCUUCUCCAAGGCGAGGAACGUCAGCCAGCCCCUCGAGGGUCAUGCUGCUACCUUCGGUACCCUCCGACUUGACGGUGCAUCUACCGAUACAAAGAUCUUCGCCUUCGCUGUGAAGUCGUCGACUGGCGAAGCCAAGAUCAACAUCGUUGAAGUCGACCACAACGCCGCAAACCCAGCCUUCCCGAAGCGUCUCAUUCCAAUCCACUGGCCCGCCGAGGGAACUGGUGACUUCCCGCUCGGCAUCCACAUUGCGCAAAAGUACGGCAUUCUAAUCGUAAUUACCAAGUUCGGUUUCAUCCACCUCCACGACCUCGAGACAGGUACCGCACUGUUCCUGAACCGGAUAUCUGAAGAAACAGUCUUCACAACGGCGCGUGACGAUGAAGGCACUGGUGUCGUUGUCAUCAACAAGCGAGGACAAGUUCUGCAUACAACUAUCCGGGAGGACAGCCUGAUUCCAUACAUUAUGGAGAACCCAGCGUGUGCUGAGAUUGCUUACAAGCUUGCUUCAAAGGGCGGACUUCCAGGCGCAGACCAGCUCUACUCGCAACGGUUCGAGACGCUCAUGUCCCAGGGCAACUUUGCCGAAGCAGCAAAGGUCGCCGCGAACUCGCCCCGGGGCUUCCUCCGCACAAUGAACACAAUCAACAGGCUGCGCCAGGUUCCUAGCCAGCCUGGCCAGAUCACUACUCUACUACAGUACUUCGGACAACUACUGGAUAAGGGCGGACUGAACAGAGAAGAAACUCUGGAGCUAGCUCGUCCUGUUUUCGCUCAGGGCCGUAAGCACCUCAUUGAGAAGUGGCAGAAGGAAGGCAAGCUCCACUGCUCAGAGGAGCUCGGUGAUCUUGCGAAGCCCCACGAUCUGAACCUUGCGCUGGCCAUUUACAAGGAAGCGAACGUAUCUCAAAAGGUCGUUGCAGCACUCGCUGAGCUUGGUCACUACGAUCUGAUCUUGCAAUACUGCAACGGCGCCGGCUACACGCCUGAUUACAACGUCUUGCUUCAGCAUGUGGUCCGCAUAUCCCCAGAAAAGGGCGCCGAGUUUGCUUCCCAGCUAGCGAAGAACGAAGGCGGCCCACUGAUCAGCAUCGACCGCGUUGUCGACAUCUUCCAGUCCCAGGGCAUGAUCCAACAGGCGACCGCCUUCCUUCUGGACGUUCUCUCCAACGAUCUACCAGAAGAGGGCCAUAUGCAAACCAAGCUGCUCGAGAUGAACUUGCUCAAUGCUCCCCAGGUUGCAGACGCUAUUCUCGGCAAUGAGAUGUUCCACCAUUACGAUAAGGCGCGCAUUGCCCAGCUCUGCGAGAACGCUGGCUUGCUCACUCGCGCUUUGGAACACAACGAUGACCCGGCUGCCAUUAGGCGUAUCAUUGUUCAAACCGAUAAGCUUCCAGAGGAAUGGCUGAUCAACUACUUUGGUCAACUCACAGUAGAGCUCUCGCUUGAGUGCUUGGAUGCUAUGCUGACCACGAACAUUCGACAAAACUUGCAGGCCGUCAUUCGUAUUGCCCAGAAGUACUCAGACCUGCUCGGCGCUACCAAGAUCAUUGAUCUCCUUGAGAAGCAUCGCACCGCAGAGGGUCUGUACUUCUUCCUAGGCUCCAUUGUCAACGUCAGCGAAGACCCUGACGUUCACUUUAAGUACGUCGAGGCGGCGACGACCAUGGGCCAACUUAAUGAAGUCGAGCGUAUCUGCCGAGAGAGUCCUGUUAUUCCUGCCGAGAAGACCAAGAACUUUUUGAAGGAAGCCAACCUCACGGAACAACUGCCACUCAUCAUCAUUUGCGAUCGUUUCAACUUUGUACACGACCUGGUGCUCUACCUCUACAAGAAGCAGCAAUUCAAGUCUAUCGAAGUGUACGUCCAGAGAGUCAACCCUGCUAGGACACCUGCCGUCAUCGGCGGUCUUCUUGAUGUGGAUUGCGACGAAAGCAUCAUCAAGGGUCUUCUAGCUUCAGUGACACCAUCUUCGAUUCCAAUCGACGAGUUGGUUGCCGAGGUAGAAUCGCGAAACCGAUUGAAGCUUCUUCUGCCAUUCUUGGAGCAGACAUUGGCGAGUGGCAACCAGCAACAAGCUGUCUACAACGCCUUGGCUAAGAUCUACAUCGACUCCAACAACAACCCAGAGAAGUUCUUGAAGGAGAACGACCAAUACGAUACCCUCACUGUUGGAAAGUACUGCGAGAAGCGUGAUCCUAACUUGGCGUUCAUUGCCUACAGCAAGGGACAGAAUGAUCUCGAGCUCAUCAACAUCACCAACGAGAACGCCAUGUUCAAGGCCCAAGCACGUUACCUCUUGGAGCGCGCCGAUUCUGAGGUCUGGGACUACGUUCUGAGCCCGAACAACUUGCACCGCCGAUCGCUCGUUGACCAAGUCACUUCGUAUGCUGUUCCUUCGUCCACCGACCCAGACAAGGUCUCCGUCGCUGUCAAGGCCUUCAUCACUGGUGACAUGCCUGCUGAGCUCAUCGACUUGCUCGAGAAGAUUAUAUUGGAGCCUUCUACUUUCAGCGAUAACCCGUCCCUCCAGAACUUGCUUAUGCUCACCGCCUGCAAGUCUGAUCGUGGCAGAGUCAUGAACUACAUCCAACAGCUCGACCAAUAUACCCCUGAGGAUAUUGCUCAACAGUGUAUUGAGGUUGGCAUGUAUGACGAGGCCUUUGAAAUCUUCAAGAAGCAAGAAAACCACGUUGAGGCUGCUAAUGUCCUCAUUGAACACAUUGUCUCAAUCGAUCGGGCAUAUGAGUAUGCCGAUAGGGUUGACACGCCAGAAGUGUGGAGCAGAGUUGCCAAGGCACAGUUGGAUGGCCUUCGUGUUACAGACUCGAUUGAGUCUUACAUCCGCGCCGGAGACGCAUCCAACUACUUGGAGGUCAUUGAGAUUGCUACACAUGCUGGUAAAGACGAGGACUUGAUCAAGUUCUUGAGGAUGGCUCGCAAGACCCUUCGUGAGGUACCCAUUGAUACCGCCUUGGCUUUCUGCUUCGCUCGUACCAACCAACUAGCCGAGCUCGAGGACUUCCUCCGUGCAACCAACGUUGCCGAUGUCGAAGCCUCAGGUGACAAGGCUUAUGAAGAGGGCUACCAUGAGGCAGCAAAGAUUUUCUUCACCAGCAUCUCCAACUGGGCUAAGCUUGCAACCACCCUCGUACAUCUGGAAGACUACCAAGCUGCCGUUGAAUGUGCUAGGAAGGCAAACUCCAUCAAAGUCUGGAAGCAGGUUAACGAGGCUUGCGUUGCAAAGAAGGAGUUCCGUCUUGCCCAGAUCUGUGGUCUCAACCUGAUCGUCCACGCCGAAGAGCUCACCGAUCUUGUCAAGCAGUACGAGCGUAACGGUUACUUCGAUGAAUUGAUUAGCUUGCUUGAAGCUGGCCUCGGUCUGGAGCGCGCGCAUAUGGGAAUGUUCACUUCUCUAGGCGAGGCUCUUGCCAAAUACCACCCCGAGCGUGUCAUGGAACAUCUCCGUCUCUUCUGGAGCCGAAUUAAUAUUCCAAAGCUCAUCCGUGCGACUGAGGAGGCUCACUUGUGGCCAGAGCUGAUCUUUUUGUAUGUCCACUACGAUGAGUGGGACAACGCUGCUCUUGCCAUGAUGGAGCGUGCCGCAGAUGCCUGGGAGCACCAAGCAUUCAAGGACACCAUCACCAAGGCUACCAACGUCGAGAUCUACUACCGGGCUCUGGGCUUCUACCUUGAAGAGCAACCGACUCUUUUGACCGAUCUCCUUCAGGCACUGACUCCCCGAAUCGAUGUCAACCGUGUUGUCCGCAUGUUCGUCAAGUCUGACAAUAUUCCUUUGAUCAAGCCUUUCCUUCUCAACGUCCAGUCGCAGAACAAGCGUGAGGUCAACAAUGCCCUUAACGAUCUUCUGAUCGAAGAAGAGGACUACAAGACACUCCGAGACUCGGUCAACAACUACGACAACUACGAUCCUGUCGAUCUUGCCCAGCGCCUGGAGAAGCAUGACCUGGUCUUCUUCCGUCAAAUCGCUGCCGACAUCUACCGCAAGAACAAGCGAUGGGAGAAGUCCAUCACUCUUUCCAAGCAAGACAAGCUUUUCAAGGACGCUAUCGAGACCUCAGCUAUGUCUGGCAAGUCGGACGUUGUUGAGGAUCUGCUCCGCUACUUCGUCGACAUUGGCAGCCGCGAGUGCUAUGUUGGUAUGCUAUACGCUUGCUACGACCUUCUUCGCCCUGACAUCAUCCUCGAGAUGUCAUGGCGUAACGGUCUCCACGACUUCACUAUGCCAUACAUGAUCAACCUCAUUUCUCAACAGACGGCCGCCAUUGAGAUGCUCAAGAAGGACAAUGAGGAGCGCAAGACCCGCGAAGUCUCGCAACAGAAGAAGGAGGAAGACACUCCGAUCUUGGGCUCGCGUCUCAUGCUUACCCAGGGUCCGAUGACGUCGGCUCCUUCACCAGGUCCAUACGGACAGGCUAACGGCAUCGCCCCGCAGCCAACUGGAAGCUUUCGCGCCUUCUAGACGCUGUCCGACUUGAAGAUGAGAUACCUGUUCUGCAAAUAAGGGUAGUUAGGAUACCUCUUCACAUUAUAUAUUGAUGAUUGGUGGGACAUGCAAAAGCGAGCGGAGGGUUCAUACAUUUUUGGCUGUGUGUGACGAUGUACUCUACAGGCGUUCAAGGUAGCCUCUCAGUUUGGAUGCUUCAAACAUGGAACAUCUUCAGACUUCUGUACUCUAGUUAAUCACUUUGUUUGUGCUGAGA